AUGCGAUCGAUAUCUCAUGCUGUGCCGAGGGCGGCAGGCAGCCUCUUCGCGUUUCAGUCGAUCAGAAAUUCCGCGCGGCUUCCAUCGCUCGCGUCGAGAAGUCCACUAGCAUGGCAACAGCCAACUCCAUCUCGUCGCCUUUUUCCACCGAUCAAUCGACACAACUCGUCAUUAGCUGUGCCCGGAGGCAAAGAACAGCCGGCCGAAGGGCGAGAUGAGCCUUCCUACGAACUGAGCUUUACCUGCAAGCCUUGUCUCUACAGAUCCACGCACCGCAUCACUAAACAUGGCUACCACCGCGGAACGGUCCUGGUUACGUGCCCCUCGUGCAAAGGGCGGCACGUUAUUGCCGACCACCUCAAAAUAUUCUUGGACAAGAGCUCGACACUUGAAGACAUAUUGAGAAAGAAAGCGGCCGCUGGCGAAGAUUUCAGCAAACUGUUGAAGAAAGGGAGACUAGGCAUCCGGCCGGGUGAACUGGUGGGCAACGAGGGCGAGGAGGAUCUUGAGUUUUGGGAGGAUGGGACUGAGUCUGUGCACACACCGAUCGAGGAAAAGCAGGGAGGCCAACAGGGUUGA